GUAUGACGUCAUACACUUGCCCGCUUUAGGUGAUGGCCCGGAUGGGAGGCCGCUACCUCGUUUCCAUGACAACAGCGCAGCCUCAGCGAAUCUCUCUAGCAUCCAGUAUCUUAAUCAUCAGUCCUGAGUAAUGUGUAGUUUUGCGAUGUUGCCCAUUGCUGAUUUUCAGGAUUUGUGUGUUAUUGUUUUGCUACUGAAAUUUAUUUAUAAACAUGCUGUUAAUUAUAUCAGUUAUUUAGUUUAAAUAAAGUGGGUAACGCACUAUACUAGUAAACAAGCAAAGUAAAAACAUCUGAGAGAAUACGUAUUGUAAAAAGGAUAAAAACUUUCUGCAAGGUAAACAGACGAUUGCAAUUGUAUUUUAAAACUCUAUUAACAUUUCGACUUUACCUUUAUAGACAAAGUUUUCUAAGCGCACAUUUUACAUCUGGUUAUGAUUUUUUAAGGAUGCCCAAAAUAAAGGCAGCCUUUGGCUUUAAUGUUGAUGAUAAUGCACUAGACAGUUGAAAAUUUAAGGACACUUUCAGACAGAAAUUAUCAGUACUUUUCUUCGGUCGCAUGACAUUGCUAAGUGAGUGGGAUCUAGUUCCAGGCUAAUGAAAAUGGACGAACUUCUUCUGGUAGCUUCUUUGCUGCCAGAAGGACGAGAAAUUUUGUCAUGAAGACUCUUGCUAUGGACCCAGAUGACACCCUCAGCCAAGUCGAAAGCCUAGUGACAUUAAAAGUGUACAUUCCUGAUUUUCUUAUCCAAGAAAAUGUAUCUGUACAAUCCUGUGAUUUCAGAAUUGAUGAUGAUAAGAAGAAAAUUUACCCGUACAAUCCUAAAAACUUUCAGUUUCAAAAAGAUGAAUACAUUUGGGACAUUAAACAGCAUAUAAUUGAUUCUUUACCCAAGGAGUUAAAAGAAAGCUUUAAUUACGGAAUUUUUUGCCCGCCAAUCAAUGGCAAGGCUGGAAAAUUUCUUGAUGAACAAAGGCCUUUAGCCGAUUAUCCAUUUCAUUCUUCUGUAGGUUAUGUAGAACUAAGGUAUAAAAGACGCGUGUACAAAAUGAUGAAUGUUGAAGAAAAGCAAAUUAAGCAGCUCCACACCAGAGCUAACUUAAGAAGAAUGCUAGAACACGUAAAUAGUGGUCAAGUCGAAAAGAUAACCAAAAUGUGUGCUAGGGGAAUGGAUCCCAAUUUCCACUGUCCUGAAACUGGAGAAACACCUCUCACAUUUGCUACAACAUUAAAACAGUCUGCAAAAGUAAUAAUGGCAUUAAUUAAUGGUGGUGCCUUGCUAGAUUUUCGAACCAAAGAUGGCCUAACUGCCCUUCACAAAGCUGUUGAACGGAACAACUUAGAAGCUUUAAAGGUAUUCCAAGUUUAUUCUUUGAAACCAUUUUUGACAAUAAUAUUAAAAACUGUAAAGCAGCGUAAGAAUGUGCUUUUCUUUUUCUCGCUGAGCGUCGUGGCAGGAUGUUGA